UAUGUCCGUCCGUACCUACAUACUUACGUACGUACGUACGUACGUACCAACCGAGAGCUGCUUGAAUGAGUAAGCGGCAUCUGGAGAAAAUCAGGACUCAUCAUUGCUGAUCCACCCCCUCCUUCGUCGUUCGUGGCCAUGGCCUCGGCCUCGGCCUCCUCCAUCGUGGGCAGUCUGUCUAAUCUGGCCUUGUCCACGGCCGUGGCCUCGGCCUCUUUGGGCGGGGGCGGCUCCCACUCGUCCCGCGCCCAGCCCCCGUCCCAUCUGCUCCACUCCACUCAUUCGCAUCACCCGCACCAUCACGCUCAUUCCACGGGCACGCUGGGCGCCUCGGCCGGCCUGCAUCCGCCGUCCCAUGCUGCUUUGGCCUCGGCCGGGCCCACCUCCCACCCGUCGGCCGUGGCCACCGACCUGUUGGGUCCGUACGAUUGGCAAAAUGAGGACAAUUUGUGCCGCUGGCGUGGCGUGUUCGUGAGCUCGCUGGAAAAAGUGUUGCGGCAAGUGCACCCGCAGUUGGUGGUGGAUGAAGAGGCGCUCAUCUACUUGGAGGAUCUCAUCCUCCGAUUAUUGGCCAUGCUCACGUCCAAGCCCGUGCCCACAUCUGUGCAUGACAUCGAGGAUCGCGUGUCCAAGACUUUUCCCAGUCCCAUUGACAAGUGGGCCAUCGCCGAGGCUCAAGCCGCCAUUGGCAAGGGCAAAAAAAAGUCCAGCCUCCUGCUUCCUGUGGACAAAGUCCAUCCUUUGCUGCGUGAAGUGUUGCAUAACCGCAUGGAAGAGCCCGUGACGCUGUACUUGGUAGCCGUCCUCGAAUACAUUUCGGCCGAUAUCCUCAAGCUCUCUGGCAACUACGUCAAGAACUACCGUCACAUGGAGAUCACGCGCCAGGACAUACAAGUAGCCAUGUGUAGUGACAAGGUCUUGAUGGAAAUGUUUCAACAAGAAAAUGUUCUAAAUCAAAAUCACGAGAAGUCUCGAGAUCACAAGAAGGCUCAACCGUACGAUGAGGUCGUCAAAGACUUGAUCAUUGACGAGAAGCAGUAUCUUCGAGACCAGCAUAUGAUCACCAAAGUGUUUCGCGAGAUCCUCCAAAAAGAUUCAAUUGGUAAUCAGCAAGAGAUUGAUGCCAUCUUCUCCAAUAUCAUCGAGAUCACAGAAUUGACCGUCAACCUCAUCAGUUCCUUGGAAGACACUCUCGAAAUGACGGAAGAGGGCAAUCCACCCAUGGUGGGGCCGUGUUUCGAGGAACUGGCGGAAGCCGAAGAGUUCGACGUCUACAUUAAAUACACCAAAGACAUCUUGUCUCCGGUAUGUCGUCAAACUCUGUACAACCUCCUGCCCAAGCAAUCGGAUGCCCUCCGAACGUGUGGCAAAGGAUUUCGAGAGGCCAUCAAGUUCUAUUUGCCCGAACUUCUGCUUGGUCCCAUACAUCAUUGCUUCCAUUACUUCAACUACAUUGAGUGGCUCAUGAAAUCUACACCGUCUAAUGAUGAUCACACGACUCUGAUGGGCGUGUCUUCCAUGCUGACACCUUUAAAGAAAAAGCUAAACCAAGCGGUUCAACAAGCUGGUCCGAUUGCCAAACGGAAAACCAGUGACAUCAUAAACAGAUCAGUGACUACUCGGGUGUCCCGUCAACAGGCCUUUCAAACGUUGAAACGGCUUCAAGCGUCCAUUCGGGAUUGGGAUGGCGAGGACCUGACCAAUAAGUCAUCUUGCUUGGUUCAUGAGGGCAAACUCCGCAUUCUGCGUGAUCUGAAGAAAUCUCGGCAAGAUCAACGCUACGUAUUUCUUUGUGAUGGCAUUAUCAUCAUAUGUAAACCUUGCUCCAACAAACGGCGAGCCACCCCCGUGGGAUCGGGAACCGAGUAUCGGCUCCAAGAGAAGCAUUUGAUCUCACUCGUCGAUGUUCUCGAUCGUGAAGAUGGUCCCAAUGAGCACGAGCAAUUCACUUUCGAGCUCACUCCCAGAGAGCGGCCACGCAUUGUUUUCAAAGCCGAAUCCGAAGAGGAGAAAAAUGCAUGGAUGGCUGCGUUGGUCAUGUUGAACACGAAACCCAUGUUGGAAAGACUCUUGAAUGUGAUUCUCUCCAAAGAAGAAACCCAACAUCCGUUGCGAUUCCCACCUUCGGACAAGUACAAAUUUGCAGAGCCGGAUUCCACAGCGAAUCUCGUUUUAGAAGAGAAAGAAAAGUCGAAUGGCGUUCCUCUCAUCAAGGGAGCUACUCUAGUCAAAUUAGUAGAGCGACUUACUUAUCAUCUAUACGCGGACCCUACAUUUUUGAAGACGUUCCUCACCACUUACCGAAGUUUUUGUACCCCUCAUGAGUUACUCGACCUUCUGAUUGAGCGGUUUGAAAUCCCUGAACCCGAAUUCGCUAGUGAUUCUGAAUCAGAUUCAGAGCACGGUGAGAAGAGCACCAAAUUGCGGAUCAAUCAAGAUUUGAAGCGGUUCCGCAAGGAAUACAGUCAACCUGUGCAGUUUCGAGUACUCAAUGUCCUGAAACAUUGGGUGGACCAACACUUUUACGACUUUGAGCAUGAUCAAGAACUCCUCGAGAAGCUCAAAGAAUUUCUCUCCACCAUCAGUGGGAAAUCCAUGCGGAAAUGGGUCGACUGCAUCAUCAAGAUCGUGCAAAGACGCUCCAAUGAUGAAAAAGAAAAAGAGAUAACAUACUUCAUGAAGUCCCCCCCGCCAAUCGAGAGGCAUUUGGAGAACUUGGCCGAAGAGAAUGGCUGGCCCGAGAUUCUCACCUACCAUCCCAUCGAGAUUGCUCGUCAGCUGACCCUUUUGGAGUUCCAAUACUAUCGUGCUGUGAAACCAUCCGAACUUGUGGACCAGGCCUGGACUAGAGAGGACAAAGACAAGCGAAGUCCUAAUCUCUUGAAGAUGAUCCGGCACACUGUUAAUUUCACUAGAUACCUUCAAAGACUCAUUGUCGAGACAGAGAAUAUUGACGAACGUGUGGCUCUGGUUCAACGCACCCUGGAGAUCAUGGUGGUUCUCCAAGAGUACAACAAUUUCAGUGGUGUUCUCGCCAUCACGUCUGUCCUCAAUAGUUGCGGGGUGCACAGAUUGUCCCAUACGAAAGACCGAGUGCCCAAUCAUUUGCUGAAGUCGUUGGAAGAGGCGUCUCUCUACAUAGAAGAACACUUCAAGCUUUAUUGGGAAAAACUUCGAUCCAUCAAUCCUCCAUGUGUUCCAUUCUUUGGACAAUACCAGUCCAACAUUUUGUUCUUGGAAGAGGGAAAUCCAGAUUUACUUCACAACACCGAUUUGAUCAACUUCUCAAAGCGCAGAAAGGUGGCAGAAAUCAUUUCCGAAAUCCAGCAAUACCAAAAUCAGCCCUAUUGCUUGGAAACCUAUCCAGUGCUAAGGACAUUCUUAGAAACCUUGGACCCAUUCCCGAGUAUGUCAGAUAGAGAAAGCCCCGAUGAUUAUCUCUGGGAUCGGAGUAAUGAAAUCGAGCCCAAGAACUUGGAUCCAGCCAUGAAGAAGAAGAUUUUGGAAGGAAAACCACGGUGGAAGGGCUUGAAUUUGCGCUCGCCAGGUAUCAAACCGAAGAACCUUCCGGGUAAAAGUCAUCCCAAUCCUCUGCCUAGGCUCAAACAAAAUCAUCAUCGUCAAUCCGAGACGGACGGUUCGGAUUCACCUCUGACCUCGCCCAUCUUCCGAUCCUCUCCUCCCUCGGGCCCAAGCACCCCCUCAGCGCAUCAGGUGAGAUCGCCGGGUGAUGCAGAUCCCAUCAAGAUCCCGGUCAUGCUUCCAACAAGUUGCACCUCCACGCCCGGAGGCGCCCUUCCCGCUUUACCACCGCAAUCCACCGGGGGUUCCACGUCAAACAGUCACUUGGGCGGACCCCUUACCUCCCCUGGUUUGCCCUCCCAUUUCACACCAUCCAUGGCACAGAGCAUCCCUCCUCCUCUUCCCCCGAAGCCCCCGCCCAAGUUCCAACCCCCGGCUGUUCCACCCGCGGUUCCCAAUCGCUCGUCGUCCUCGGGAUCCCCGCCUCCACCCCCUCUUCCACCACGGAGAGACCAGCACGGAAUUCGUGAUAAUGGGCAGUGGAGAGACCAACGACCGCUGAUACAGCAUUCCUCGCAACAUCCACAACCGCUCACCCCCAAGCGUUGACGAAGACAAAAUCAGGAUUCGAACAGCUCAACCACAUUAUUUAAUAUUUUAUUGAUUGUUGUAAUAUUCUUCUAAGAAUGAACGAUAUCUACAUACAGGG